UAGUUGCCGGUUACCGAUUGGACUAAGUUCCAGUGUGAUUUGCAAAUCAAGCCAAAAUGUCCCCAGAAGUAGCCUUGAACCGAAUUUCUCCAAUGCUGUCCCCAUUCAUAUCUAGUGUGGUCUGCAAUGGAAAAGUGGGACUGGAUGCUACGAACUGUUUGAGGAUAACUGACUUGAAGUCUGGCUGCACAUCAUUGACUCCUGGACCCAACUGUGACCGAUUUAAACUGCACAUACCGUAUGCUGGAGAGACAUUAAAAUGGGAUAUCAUUUUCAAUGCCCAAUACCCAGAGCUGCCCCCCCAUUUCAUCUUUGGAGAAGAUGCUGAAUUCCUGCCAGAUCCCUCGGCCCUGCAUAACCUCGCCUCCUGGAAUCCUUCAAAUCCUGAAUGUCUGUUGCUUGUGGUGAAGGAACUCGUGCAGCAAUAUCACCAAUUCCAAUGCAGCCGCCUCCGGGAGAGCUCCCGCCUCAUGUUUGAGUACCAGACGUUACUGGAAGAGCCACAGUAUGGAGAGAACAUGGAGAUUUAUGCUGGGAAGAAAAACAACUGGACUGGUGAAUUUUCAGCUCGUUUCCUUUUGAAGUUGCCAGUGGAUUUCAACAAUAUUCCCACAUACCUUCUCAAGGAUGUAAAUGAAGACCCUGGAGAAGACGUGGCCCUCCUUUCUGUCAGUUUCGAGGACACCGAAGCCACUCAGGUGUAUCCCAAGCUAUACUUGUCACCCCGAAUUGAACAAGCACUUGGAGGCUCCUCAGCUCUUCAUAUCCCAGCUUUUCCAGGAGGAGGAUGUCUCACUGAUUAUGUGCCUCAAGUAUGCCACCUACUCACCAACAAGGUGCAGUAUGUGAUUCAAGGGUACCACAAAGGAAGGGAGUACAUCGCUGCUUUCCUCAGUCACUUCGGCACAGGCGUCGUGGAAUAUGAUGCAGAAGGCUUUACAAAACUCACUCUGCUGCUGAUGUGGAAAGAUUUCGGUUUUCUUGUACACAUCGACCUGCCCCUGUUUUUCCCUCGAGACCAGCCAACGCUCGCAUUCCAGUCUGUCUAUCACUUCACCAACAGUGUGCUUUAUUCCCAGGCCCAGAAGAAUUAUCCGUAUAGCCCCAGAUGGGAUGGAAAUGAGAUGGCCAAAAGGGCAAAGGCUUAUUUCAAAACCUUUGUCCCUCAGUUCCAGGAGGCAGCGUUUGCCAAUGGAAAGCUCUAGGAAACACCAGCGUUGAGAGGUGGCCAGCAAGACUGCUCUGUCCACAUGCGUGUCAG